GUGGGCUAUUCUCACGCGCCCAUCGUACCGGAUGUACACUGCAAAUCUCCCGCGUGGGUGCAGUUCUGAAGUACGACUGCGUCUGUGAAAUUAGCAAAACAAGGUCAAAGAAACGUCAGAUUAUUCGCACAGUACACACCAGCUACAAGAAAACAGAUUGAAAACCAGGCUGUGGAGCAAGAGGAAAUGAAGAAGCCGACAAACAGAGUAGAGAAAGAGGAAGAAGUCCUGGAGAAAGGGAUGAGCGACACAGAAGUGAAGAUUCGUCAAGGACAAGCGGUCACUACGGAGUCCACCCAGCUCACACAGAGCAUUCUGGAAUUGUUCAUCCGGGAAUUUGAGCCUGAUGAUGAGAUCCCAGAUCUAGAAGUGACUGGUGAGGCAAGAGACCAGGAGGAAGCAGGGGCCCAGAGUGUUGUAGCUGGCCAGGAGAGUGUGCCCAUGGCUGGGAGAGCUGAGUUAGAGGUGCCCCAUUACAGCUUGUCUUGGCUUUGUAAGUUUAUGAUCUAUGGGGAAUCAUUCAUUGUAGAGUCCUCUGAACCCUCUGAAGCGGAGCUGGUAGAGGCCAUCGCUGCUUUGCAUUUCCUGAUGGACGAGUUUGGAGUGGACCUGGCGUGCGUGAUGCAGAGCUUGCUGAAGAACAGCGGUGAUUUCCAGGCUGUGCGGCACUACCUGCGCACCGGCCGCAGAGCGGACGGGAGACCCCUCUGGACACGGCACGACGACCUGGAUCUGCAGUCAGGAGACCCCACCACAAAACAGGCUCUAAUACUCAAGUAUGGAGAGGAAAACGUGGCCAAGAGGGUGGCAUUUUUCAGUACUGACCUGCAGAGGGAUUAAAGGCUGUUUUUGUUCUUGUUGUUUUUGUAUGUUGAUUUAAUAAAAAUAAAACACUGAAAUGGUUCACAUUUUUCAGUGCAGUUUGGAAACUGGAUUGUUUUAGUUCAAAUUUAAAAAAUGGUUUUGUGAUGAUGACAAUAUUACUGUCUCCAGUUUAUAAAAAUGAAUAUACCACGAUAUCAAAGGGAUUGUGUUUGUCAGCUGAAAUCCUGGCGUUGGUUGAUAAAAGUAUUAUUUUUGUUACCAAGUUUUUCCUACUGUAAAAAAAAACAAAAAAAAAACUAAUAGUUAUCUGACAAGAUGGACAGUCUGCAUUUUUCUUCUCAAUUGUUCUUAAUAAAAAAUAUUUUAUGAGCAUUUUA